AUGUUCACGAACAAAUAUAAAAGCUGGGAGAAGAACCUAGUGAAGUUAGCUACAUUUGACACCGUUGAAGACUAUUGGUGUCUAUAUCAUCAUAUGAAAACUCCGUCAGAGUUAGAGCUUGGGCAAGAUUAUUCGAUAUUCAAGGAGGGUAUCCAGCCGACGUGGGAGGACGACGCGAACAUACGGGGUGGCCGGUGGCUCAUUGGCUUUGAAAAGAACAAUUCCCAUCUUGACAAUGUUUGGUUAUUUACGGUUCUCCUGGUUAUAGGGGAAAACUUUGAAUAUUCCGAUGAAAUAUGCGGCGUCGUAGUGAGCGUUCGAACCAAAAGCAAAUUGGGCGUUUGGCUCAAGAAUAUUGGAAAUAAAAAAGCAAUCUUUGAGAUUGGCAAUCGGCUAAAGCGGCAGCUUGGAAUAGAUGAAAGAAUUAAGUUCCAUAAUCAUGACAAACCGCAAAAUAUGUAUACCAUAUAA